AUGACAGCAGGAUUCCCCAAUGAGUUAGUUGGGCUGGACCUCAUGGGUCCUCUUCCCCAAACGGCGAACGGCUACCGGUAUAUCCUGGUUAUGGUUGACUACUUUACUAAGUGGGCCAAUGCAAUACCCCUAAGAAAGGCGGAUGCCGCGUCGCAGCUUCGUCGUUCAUUCGAAACCGCCCGAUCACAACUAGUUUUGGCACAUAAACGGCAAAAAGAUUAUUAUGAUAAAGCGGCGUAUGGCGCGCCAGUCGAAGAAGGUGACCGAGUCUGGGUAGCUAUACCUUCUACCGCGGGAGAAGGUAGAAAGUUGCAACAAGCGUGGGAAGGUCCAUAUGUAGUUGACUCGGUGCUUAGCGAGGCCACGUGCGUAGUUCGCGGCCCUGCUGAUUCCCCCGGUCGUGGUUUCACAGUACAUUUUAACAAACUGAAGCCGUAUCGACCAGAGGAGGAAGAUGAGGACGAGCCCCUUGUGUACUGCGAGCCACCCCCAGUUGACAACACCGUUGAAAUCGCUGCGGUGGAGGUUGACGAGAAGCUGGGGACAGCUUCACUCUUGAGGGGGGGGCAGUGUAGC